GUUUAUUAUUGCGCGGCCAACUUCCGGGAUUGAGAGGCAGUGAUUUCCGGUAAAAGUCCAGACACGCAGACAUGCCACUCGCAAAGGAUCUACUAAACCCAUCCCCGGAGGUAGAAAAGAGGAGACACAAGAAAAAACGCCUUGUCCAAUGUCCCAACUCAUAUUUUAUGGAUGUUAAGUGUCCAGGUUGCUACAAAAUCACCACCGUGUUCAGUCAUGCUCAAACCGUCGUGCUGUGUGUCGGCUGCUCCACAGUCCUCUGUCAGCCCACGGGUGGGAAAGCCAGACUCACAGAAGGUUGUUCAUUCAGGAGGAAACAGCACUAGUGUGAAGAUGACUUUUGGACAUGGUUGAGGAAGAGGAGAGGAGAAGAGGUGGAGGAGAGGACCGUAGCUUUAUGGUCAUCCAGCGAAAUUGAGGCUGAAAUUGAGGCUCACGUGGAGAGCCGGGGAAGAUCAUGUGCUCAAGAAAAUCUGCCUUUUUAAUUCUGCAGAGAGAAGUGGUACAUUCAACAGUCUUAAUAAUUGAAGGUUGAGUUUGGGAAAUGGAUCUGGAGCCUGAUUUUCCUCUGGUUUUUCUACUAAAACUAAAUUUGUAACCAUUGGAUUUUGAUGAGAAAAUCUGGGAAUAACUCAACUUGAAUAUUAGCAGUGAGUUUAAGGCCUUUUGGUGCUAGUAAUACAAAAUAAAUGAACUAAAUGCUGUAUUCAUUAAUCAAACUAGCUUGAGUCUUGAAAGUAUACUGUGAUUUAUGAAUAAAAAGAUCUCAUAGUUGUAAACAUUAACUCUAAGUAAAUGGCAAUUCAAAAUCAUUGUCAUAUUUUAAAACAUGACCAAUUGUAUAUUAACUUCUUGGGGUCAUGUCUUUAAAAAUAACCCAAGAAGUUAAAAAAAAAAAAAAAAAGACAAAAUGAACGUUUUUGGAUUAUGGCCAGCUUGUUUUUGCUGUGGUUUAUGUCACUUCUAGCACUUAUGUUAUCUACGAUUUAUGGAUAUCAAUCAUAAAAAUGUGAAUAUGUCUGGGUUAGGGUUCAAUGAAAAAUGUAUCUUACAUGAAAUAAAAUCAACAGGCUUGAAACUUUCAGCUUCAUUUGUUUUCUGUUAAAUAACUAUUGUAAAUAAGUAAUUUCCUUUUUUUUAAAUUUUACUUUUUACAUGGGGUAAAUAAAGUUCUGGUAUACAAAUUGA